GCUGUUGGUGGUUGUAUUUGUGCGGCCAUUAGGCCUCGACGCCUCGUCGAACAGGAGCCGGCGACGUCGCCCCCUUCGUCGCCUCCACCGUGCCCACGCCACGAAUCCAUUCCAUUCGCAUUCCCUCACAUGCCGCCCGCCUCCAUAAUACUGCACCGCCCCCCAUGCCGCCAUCCAUAUCCCUCGCCCACCAGCACGCGCCAUUGGAAUUGGCAUUCGAUUCCCAGCCCGGUCCACGUGCUAGCUCCUCCCCCGCCUUCUUGGCGCGCUCCUGCGAGCAGAAGCUAGCUUACCGUGCUGGUGGUGCGGGCGGCGUCGUACAUGAAGGUGCUGUGCAGCGCGUGCGAGGCGGCGGAGGCGAGCGUUCUCUGCUGCGCCGACGAUGCCGCCCUCUGCGCGCGCUGCGACCGCGAAGUCCACGCCGCCAACCGCCUCGCUAGCAAGCACCAGCGCCUGCCCCUCCUCGCCCCCGGCGCUGCUUCCACCGGUGACGCCGCCGUGUCGCCGCCCAAGUGCGACAUAUGCCAGGAAUGCGACGCCUACUUCUUCUGCCUCGAGGACCGCGCGCUGCUCUGCCGGAGCUGCGACGUCGCCGUGCACACCGCCAACGCCUUCGUCUCCGCGCACCGCCGCUUCCUCCUCACGGGAGUCCAGGUCGGCCAGGAGCAGGACGACGACCGCUCACCGGAGCAGCCGGAGCCGUCCCCUCCCCCGCCGGCCAAGAGGGACCCGGCCCCGCUCUACGGCGAUAGCGACUUCAGCUGGGCGGCCACCGAGCAGAACGCCGCCGGCGUCACCGGGAGCCUCCUCGACUGGUCGGCAGUGAACGAGCAGUUCAGCUCCCCUGCUCCCCGGCAAGCGGAGGCCGCGAGCAGCGCCACGACGAAGCGGAGCCCGCGGGCGCCGGCUAUCAGUACCGGCCAGGGCCGCGUGGCUGGUGGGGUGAUGGAUUGGCCCCUGGGCGAGUUCUUUCGCGGCGUCAGCGACUUCAACGGCGGCUUCGGCUUCGGCUUCGGCUUCGGCGAGAGCGGUACCUCUAAGGCAGACAGCGGGAAACUCGGGGGCAGCGCGGCGGGCUCCCCGUACUACCAGUCAUCGUCGGAGGACCGGGACGCCGACGAGCUCUUCGGCCAGGUGCCGGAGAUCCAUAGUUCGGUGCCGGAGCUCCCCUCCCUGCCGACGGCCUCCGGCCUCCAAUGGCAACAGGGUGCCUCGGACAGCACCGCGUUCGUGCCGGACAUCUGCUCCCCGGACAGCUUCUUCCGGUGCUACCCGGCCGCCGCGGCCGCAAAGCGCCGGAGGAAAUGCUAGCGACGAGAAGACGCAGGAAGAUGAUGCGACAUACGCAGCUAGCGCUUCUGAGCCUAGCUGUGGCCGUGUAUGUGUGUGAGAGUGAGAGCGCAGCUGAAAUUCAACGAUGAGAGUAAUGGCACUUCAGAUUACGUGUGCUUGGUUGGUGCAUCUGAUCUUCAACGAUCGAACGAGCUAGAAACUGAUAGAUUUUUUGGACUUGCACGAAGGAGAUGGAUGGAGCUGGAAGUCUGCAAAAGACUGAUGCACUAACUGAUAGGUAGAUAGUCAGAGCUUGAUCAGGGGAUAGGUUGUGUCCGUGUAACAAAAACUUGAUCAGGGGACAGGUUGAAGCGUCGUUUGUAGCUUGUAGUAAUGUUUCUAAUAAAUAUCUUAUUUUAGCCGCCCA